AUGCUAUGUCACUUCAAUGUCACACUCACCUAUAUUAAGAUCGUCUGCAUGACUGCUACCGGAGAAACAGCAGCUGGAUUUCUCACCUUUCUCACCCUCAAGAAGAUUGACUCUGCGAUUGCACGGUUUCACAAUAUUACACUCGAAUCGUCUCUACCGGCUGAGUCAAUUGACCUCAGCGAUAUUCCUACUAUUGAGGAGAUACACGUCGUAACCGGUGUUCCCGUUCCAAUACGUUAUCUACGAGAACUAUUACCAUCAUCGCCAUUGAACAACCGUAUGAAGACGUCACCAGUGUUUCAACUACUGGACGUUCGUGAUGGUCAACGUAGCAAGCGGGCAAUCGACAUCGUGGUUCAGGUCGAUGACAUGGUCGACGCCAGCAUCAACGUACACUCUCUUGGCUCCGGUGUUUCUGCUGAUUACAGGCGGCGACAAGUGAGAGGAGAAGGGCAUCGAGGAACGGUAUUCGGGGAUACGAUCGGCUGCCUCGUCCUGCUACGACCCCACACCGUUCCCGUCCAGCGACUUCCGCCCAUCGUCGUCCAUGUUGUAUUCGCCGUUAUUCGCUGUUAUGAUGUCAUGUUCGACUGUUAG